AUGCCACCCCGUCUACCGCUGCGGGUGGCCCUCCCCCGGCCCUGCGCCCGCCCCGAGCUCGCCCCCCCCCUCGUCCUCCCCUUCUCACCCGCCCGCGGCAUCAAGUACGGCUGGUCGACGGCUCCCCCCCGGAACAAGCACAAGCGCUUCAACCAGCCCAGCGCGGGCCUCCCCAAACCCACGACGGGCCCCGGAGCCGCCCUGAAGCGCCGAGAAAGGACGACCCCUCUGCGGGCCGGCGUGCUCGCCACCAAGAAGGGCAUGACGAGCAUGUUCGUCGGCAAGGACCGCGUCCCCUGCACCGUGUUACAGCUCGAGCAGGUCCAGGUCGUGGCCAACAAGACGUACGAGAAGCACGGCUACUACGCCGUCCAGGUCGGCAUCGGCUCCAAGGCCGCGCGGAACGUCACCAGCCCGCUGCUGGGUUACUACGAGGCCAAGGGCAUCGCCCCCAAGGCGGAGCUCCACGAGUUCAAGGUCCGGGACAGCGAGGGCCUGCUGCCCGUGGGCGUACAGCUGCAGCCCGACUGGUUCCAGGUCGGCCAGUACGUCGACGUCAGGGGCCACUCGCGGGGUAUGGGCUUCGCGGGUGGUAUGAAGCGCCAUGGCUUCUCCGGACAGGAGGCGUCGCACGGUAACUCAAAGAACCACCGUACCAUUGGUUCGACUGGUCCCUCGCAGGGCAGUGGUAGUCGUGUUCUACCCGGGAAGAAGAUGCCCGGUCGGAUGGGCAAUGAGUCGGUCACAGUGCAGAACCUCAAGAUUAUGAAGGUCGACAACGAGCUGGGAAUCGUGCUGGUCAGCGGGCCUGUCCCUGGGCCCAAGGGCCGCACCCUGAAGAUCCAGGAUUCAAAGAAGAGAAAGCCACCCGCCCUGCAUCACCGCGAGAGCUCGCUCAAGACGCUUUUAGAACGCAACCCAGAUGCUGAGGAGAAGCUGGAGGCUGCCAGGGUGAGGCACAUGGAGCUGAAGGCUCAGCGACAACCUGAACUCGAUCUAUGA